AUGUGCAUAUUUUUCAACAUAUUAGCUGGGAUCUUUAUGUUUUGUGAAAAAGGACCCGAUAUUCAGGCAAGAAUAGAAUUCCAGGAUAGAAUAGAAUGGGCUGAGAAGGAAUUAUUAACAGACCUGAUGAUGUUGUAUUUAAAUGAUACUUUAAUGAAGAAUGAGACUGAAUUGGAGAAACGACUGUCUGUUAAACUUAAUGUGUACUACGAGAAAUCAACAAUAUCUGCGUACAUCAAAGCCAAUACUGGAGAAACACCGUGGACUUGGAACGGAGCAAUGUUCUACGUCGCCCAAAUCGUAUCCACAAUUGGGUACGGCAACCCAAACCCAAUUACGUCUUGUGGCAGAGCUAUUACCAUCAUUGUAGCUGUCAUCGGAAUACCCUUCUUUUUGACAUAUCUCAAGGUUUUCGGAGAAGACAUGGCUGAUACGAUGACGAAGCUGUUCAAAAAACUGAUAAACAAGUCAUGUGGAAAGAUUCAGAGAAAAGCGGUGGAUGAUAUGAUUGAUUUGGAAAGUGGUGGCCUACCAAUGACCAAAGAGAAAGAAAAGAAGGCUUUCCCUAUUCUGGCUGCAUUGGCCAUGUUGAUUGUUUGGAUUCUCAUCUCAGCUGGACUAUUCUGUCUUUGGGAAACAAAUUGGAGCUACUCGGAUUCUAUCUACUUCACAUUCGUAUCUCUCACUACCGUCGGGUUUGGAGAUAUGAAUUUCGAAACUCCCGAUAUGAUGCUCUUUAAUUGCGGCUUGAUUUUCGUCGGGCUCGUGCUUCUCACAAUGUGCAUCGACCUCAUCACCGAUGCAGUCACUGCUUGGAAGAAACGGACGUUUGCAGAACUCAAAGGAAAAUACGAAGAAAUGGAAAAGGAUUUGUGGGAAGCUUCCUGUGAAGAUUUGUGUGAAGAAAGUGAGAGUUGCCCAAGAAAAAUUGGGUUUUUCAUCGAGCUCAAGGAUUGGGUGGCUGGAAAAGUGAUAGAGAAUCAGAUUCUCCCACAAAAAGAAGAUGAUGAAGACUUGGAAGAGAACGAGCUCUCGAGCCACGAAAUGACGUCGACCAAUAGAAUUAUGAGAAUGGCAGCAAAUUUCGAAUCAGGAAAUGAUUUCAAAUCCCUGAUGUUUGGACAGUUUUUAAGAAACAAGCAGCUUCCAAGAUAUUUGAAAACAAAGAUGGUUCAACGGAAUACAGUUUCUUGUCAAACGGAUCCUGUCGAGAACAAUGACAGCUCUUCCAAAAGUCAAGCUGAUAUGAAACAGUGCCCGAUGUCUUGUUCUAUGGACGAUCUCAGAUUGAGCCCUCUGUUCGAGCCAACCACCGAGAUCUAUAUGCAAGAAUCGAAUGAUUCUUUCUUACAGUAUGAUCAUGAGGAUCUGAGAUUAAUGCCAGGGGAAAUGACGAUCGUCCGACUCAGAGCGUCAUCAUGGUGA